UCUACUCACUCAACUAACUCUUUCAUUUUCAGUCAAGUAACAGCUAUGGAGAAUCUCUGCGGCUGUGCUUCGUGGCAGGUCAUUUUAGCUACAUUCACACUCGAGUCGAGGCUAUUUUCUUAUUGGCUACGGCCAUCGUUACGUGAGAAUAAAGAAUUGUCUAUUGCUGCAACCUUUGCAUGCAUUGCCUGAGUAUUCCGAUACUUGCGUGGUACCAAACCCUGUCCGCAAAGCUGCGCUGACCUCCGAGGUCUGUACAGGGCAGGAGUUGUACUUUCAGUGACGGAGAAAGUCUGCGAGUAGUAAGUUGACCAUGCCUUUCAACUCAGUGACCUCGUUCUCCCGAUCGCCUAUUCGCUACGCUGCGGUGGUGGUCACCACGCUGGCAGUUGGCCUAGCGCUGGCAUUAGUUCAUAGGGCUGGUGAUAGCGACGGUAGGGAGCGGUGGUUGUGGAUGGUAGCGGAUGAAGGCGCUCUAGCUGGCCUAGAAGCAGAAACUCUGGGGAUAGCAACCAAUAAGUUUUCAACGAAAGUGACCUCACCAGUCACGGGGAAGUCAACUGCUGAGGCCGGAAUCAAUGACCUGUUGCCAGGCAGAAGUACUACUAGUCACACUGCAACUCGACAGUGUACCAAGCAAUGGGAGAAGCAGUUUGUGAUGCCGCCUGCGGGCACGGCGGUGUCGUUCGGCUUCUUCAACCGGCCUGGGUUCACAGCGCUGUUUAAGGAGGCGGAGCGCCGUAAGUGGACCAUACAGCACAGCAUUAAGGCCAGCUUGCCGUCGCUGGAAAGCGUCAGCUUCAUCUUCACCCACCCGUCCGCCUACCUGCGCUACCCGAGCCUGCGUGAGCUCAAGGCGCCGCACCAUCUCAUCUCAGCCGUCCAGGGCAUGCAGGCUGCGUGCGGCUCAAAGACAACCCAGGUGCGCGCGUUCCGGGAGCACGCCGACAAAAUCAAAUGCAAUUACAGUCGUGUGAGAUUCCUACCGACGUCGUUCAUCUUGUCGGAGCCCAGUCACUGUAAGGAGUUCUUCAGACUCGAUGCGCUGUAUGAGCCACGGUGGAUUCUAAAGCCGUCCAAUAGCUAUGGUGGAGCGGGCAUAGAGGUACUACAUGGUCGCAGCGGCAUAGAGAAAAUGAAGGAACGUUUCACGCCCUGCCAACGCUGGCACUCUGGUCUGAAACCGGACAACCGUUACAUCGUACAGCAGUACCUGGAGCGACCUCUUCUGCUGCACGGCAAGAAGUUUGACAUCCGCAUGUACAUGCUGCUGGCCAGCACCCAACCGUCACUGGUGUUCUACCGGCAGGGCUACGUCCGGGCAUCAUUGAACCCGUACAACCUGAACAACACCAGAGAUAUGUCCUCGCACCUCACCAACACACAUGUCCAGGAAGCGAGCCGGGCAAACUUCACCGACCAGCUGCACAGCCACUUCUGGUCGCUGCUGGAGUUUCAGGAGUACCUCGACAAGCAUCUGGCUGGCGACAAGGGCAAAGGGUUUGUCAAGCAGCACCUUGAGCCGUUUGUGAAGAAUGCCAGUCUCUAUGUAUUUCAUGCAGGUCGCGACAAAAUCAUUCGAUCGCCGGGGACCUUUCAACUUGUCGGUUUGGAUAUUAUGGUUGACGAGAACUUGGACUGCUGGUUUAUAGAAGCAAACAACUACCCACUGUGGCCAUAUCAGGGGCGAUUCUCCAGUCACCUGUCUCUCAGAAUGGCGGAGGAUCUGUUUGAUCUUGUGCUGUCACUGCACACAGAUGAUGCAGUGUUCCUCAAGGCAAAGUCAGGUGACAUGAUCUCGUCAUUCGAACUGCUAUACAAUGAAAUAGAAGACUGUUCCCGCAAGGAGGCGAUCCUAUUUGAUCCUUGUGAUGUGUUUCCCCCGUAGGCCAGAAACUAUUCAACUCAUCAUACAGGCAGAUCAGAGAGAGAGAGAGAGAGAGAGAGAGAGAGAGAGAGAGAGAGAGAGAGAGAGAGAGGAGAGGAGAGGAGAGGAGAGGAGAGUAUGAUGAAACGGGGACCCGUGUACAGUGACGAGCCAUUCGUGUAACUUGCUGCCGCUGAACUGUUCGCCAGUCAGCCAUGAUUAUUAGUUAUUACCAAUUCAAAGUACAGCCAUUGAAGAGACGUGACUACAGUCCGUCUACAGUCCGUAAUAUUCAACCACCCACAAUCCUGCUAUAUUUCAUCAGUCUGAAGAGCCAUAUAUUUAAC